AUGUCUAAAGAAAGUGAAUUGGAUAUUGCAUUCGAUAAUUUCGCCGAUCUUGACUUGGAUGAUGAAGUCUAUCGAUUUCUAGAAGGCUAUGAGAACCAGUGGAGCGCAUCAUAUCAGGUCGGUCAGUGCGUUUCUGGUUGCUUCUCAUCUGUUCAGCACACUAUUGGGAAGGUGGUUUUUCUUACCAUCCUGCAACGCCUCAUUGGACUUACUGGUCUAGCAACAUCAGUAAAGCAUUUUUCCUGUAUUUCUCUUGGUGCACUGGUGUUAGUGGACUGGAUCCCAAGAAAUGAAAUAUUACUCGCGUUUCUCCCAUUUCUUAUCUGUUUGCUGCUAGUGCUCUUAAGUUCCUCCAACUCGAAGGGUUUCUUAGUGACUUUCACAUGUAUCUCUUCUAUACUGUUAUUGCAACAUUUUAUGUCUGCUGAGGAAUUCGUUGCCAUUCGAGGAAUUCUAAUGGUACUUACUAUGAAAAUAUCAUCGUUAGCAUUUGAUAUGGCUGGCAGUGUGCAGCUUGCUAAUGCAGUUCCCAUGCUUGCCUAUCUCGUAAAUCCUGGCACUCUAGUUUUUGGGCCUUUCCAUGCGUUCCAAGAAUUUGAGAAAACCCUUAUUCGGAAACCAAUUAAGGUUAGUUUAUUCUGAAA